GGUUCAGAGGUCAGGGGUCAACCCCUCGCAGGCGCCCCAGGUCGACCCCUCCCCCAGACCCCCACUCAGCAGAGCCGUGGGGGGUGGGGACCCCAGGAACGACAAACUGCCCUGGCCGCAAGGGCAAGAACACAGGGAGGAGAGCGGGCCAGGGCGAGGAGAAGGGGAGGGGUGGAGAGGAAGGCGGAGGGGAGGAAACGAAGGAAGGAGAAAGGAGAGAAAGGGGUGGAAGGUGUGAGGAAAGCGAGCAGGAAGGAGGAGGAAGACAGGAGAAAGGUUGACAGGAAGAAGAAAAAGGAGGAAGAGAAAAGGAAAGAGAUUCUCCGAAACAGAAAAAUGGAAGAGAGAAAGAAGAUGAGUUUGUCUUCGUCAUCGUCGUCCCACAAGCCGCCCGUGCCGUCCUCAGGGGCAGGCGAGGACCAGCCGGGUCUGGGCUCUCCAGCCACACACAGAGCAGAGCAGCCCCCCCGCCCGGCACACGCACCACCCCAACCCUCACAGACACAGGCACAAGGGCAAAACACCACACGCUCACACGCCCCUCAAAAAAAAACAGCACUGGGCAACCGGGCCCCCGGCCCAGACGCCCCCCCUCUGCCUCCACCAAACACAAAAGGCUCCAAGGAGGGUAGACCCUUGAAGCCCCCUGCCAAGACCUCCCCCCUGCCCUCCUGCCCCCCACCCCCCAGGAGGGGCACCCCCCCCGGACUCACGCCCCUCAGGGGGGGCCGGUGCGAGGCGAGGCCGGGGGGGGUCCGUCCAGAGCAGGGGGUACUGCUGGCCCCGGACCUGCAGCUCGCCGCGGGGGUGUGCAGCCUGCUGGAGCUGGGGAGACGACCCCCCCGCCAGCCCCCCCGUGCUCAGCUGGCAGGGGUCCCCAGCGUCCGGCCUGAGCGAGGGGGAGGAGAGGAAGAGGUGAAGAUAGUGAUGAGGAGGCCAGUCCUGCAGCCCAGCCCCACCCAUGACACACCUUGCACCCUGCCACCUCGCAAGCCCCACCUCCACCAGACGGGCGUGCGACGGUUUUUCAAGUCUCUGGCCUCAUUCCUGGGGGGUCAGAGGUACACCUACAGGGGGCGGCCCUUGGGGCGCCCGCCUCCUAGCGCCAUGGGGGGGGGGGUGAAGUAUUCGUCCUCCCUGGCGUUGGGACCAGAGAUCCGCUGCCAGGAGCAACAGGAAUCCUCCCCCAUCCCCGACUCCGACCCUGCCCCGCCCACCAAACUCACCGACCAACCACAAUCCCCCACUGACGCUACCUCAGACUCGCCCUCCAAUCACCAGCCCCUCCCCGGGAGGACCAGCUCCUCUCUGCUGAGCGGCUCCCUGAGUGCCGAGCUGAGACUGACCACCACACACCCGGGCGCUCUCGCUGACCUGCUGCCCAGCAAGGCAGCCACGGACCUCCAGGCAGCCGGAGGCCCUGGAGGCAGGCCGACAGGAAGAGGGAGCCGCCCGGCCGCCAAGCACAAGGACAGUAAGAAGAGCCAGCCGUCUGAGAGAAGCGUCACUCUGCAGGCCACAGACUCCCAGGGAGGUCUGGAGGAGGAGCAAGACGUCCACCCCGACUGCCUGGGGCCACCCACACCACAAACACCACCCCCACCUCCUCCUCCUCGUCCAUCCCAGCCCCCCCCCGCCCCCCCCGCUCCCCUGCGGAGGACCCCAUGCCCGCUGGCCCCCGCUGACUUCCUCAAGCUGAAGGCGUUGUCCCUGGGGCCCCCCAAGGAGCUGAAGAUCCGUCUGAUCAAGGUGGAGAGCGGAGACAGAGAGACCUUCAUGGCCUCUGAUAUCGAACGCCCCAGGAUCCCCCUGGCCGAAACCUCCAUCAAACACCCCGCCAGUGACAUCAUCAGGGCCUGCAAGGGAGUGAAGAUCAAGGGCAAGUUUCGGGAGUCGUACCUGCUGCCUGCUUUCUCUGUCAAACCAAAUCUCACCACAGACACCCCUAUCCCUCGAGAGAAGCUCAACCCCCCCACGCCAAGCAUCUAUCUGGAGAGUAAGAGAGAUGCCUUCCCAGUGCUGCUGCAGUUCUGCACCGAUCCCAAGAACCCUGUUACUGUCAUCAGAGGCUUGGCCGGCUCCCUCCGCCUCAACCUGGGCCUGUUCUCCACCAAGGCCCUGGUGGAGUCCAACGCGGAGCAUGCGGUGGAGGUGAGGACGCAGGUGCAGCAACCGGCCGACCAGAACUGGACGCGUGGGCGUGGCCAGACCUGGCCCUGCGAGAGCAGCCGUGCCCACACCACCAUCGCCAAGUACGCCCAGUACCAGGCCUCCAGCUUCCAGGAGAGCCUGCAGGAGGAGAAGGACAGUGAGGAUGAGGAGGAGGAAGAACAGACCAAGUCUGACUCCACCAGCUCCGCCCCUUCCCCCAGUCAGACAAGCCCCGCCCCUUCCUCCAGUAAAGCAAGCCCCGCCCCCGGUAAAGCAAGCCCCGCCCCCAGUAAAUCAAGCCCCACCCCUUCCCCUAGUAAAGUAAGCCCCCCCCCCGGUAACACAAGCCCCGUCCCCGGUAACACAAGCCCCGCCCCCGCCAACUCAGCCAGCCCAGAGCAAAAAUGUGUGGGAAAAACCAUCAAAUUUGGUACCAACAUUGACCUAUCGGAUCCAAAAAGAUGGAAGCCACAGCUGCAGGAGCUGCUGAAGCUGCCAGCCUUCAUGCGGGUGUCCUCCAGUGGAAACAUGCUGAGUCAUGUGGGACACACAAUCCUGGGCAUGAACACCGUCCAGCUCUACAUGAAGGUCCCGGGCAGCCGCACUCCCGGCCAUCAGGAGAACAAUAACUUCUGCUCAGUGAACAUCAACAUCGGGCCUGGAGACUGUGAGUGGUUUGCUGUCCACGAGCACUACUGGGAGGCCAUCAACAACUUCUGUGAGAAACACGGAGUGGACUAUCUGACCGGGUCGUGGUGGCCGAUCCUGGAGGACCUGUACCGCUCCAACAUCCCCGUUUACCGCUUCAUCCAGCGGCCCGGGGACCUGGUCUGGAUCAACGCUGGAACCGUCCACUGGGUCCAGGCUGUGGGCUGGUGCAACAACAUCGCCUGGAACGUGGGUCCCCUCAACUCGUACCAGUACCAGCUCGCCCUGGAACGCUUCGAGUGGAACGAGAUCAAGAAGGUCAAGUCCAUCGUUCCCAUGAUCCACGUCUCCUGGAAUGUGGCCCGCACCAUCAAGAUUGCCGACCAGGACACCUUUAAGAUGAUCAAACACUGUCUCCUCCAGUCCAUGAAGCACAUCCAGAUUUUGAGGGACCAGCUGGUGGCCUCUGGUAAGAAGAUCUCCUACCAGAGCAGGGUGAAGGAUGAGCCGGCCUACUACUGCAACGAGUGUGACCUGGAGGUCUUUGACCUGCUGUUUGUGACCAGUGAGAGCAGCAACAGGAAGAGCUACGUGGUUCACUGCGAGGACUGCGCCCGCGCCCGCAGCCCGGGUCUGGCUGGGGUGGUGGUGCUGGAGCAGUACAGCAUGGAGGAGCUGAUGAAGACCUACGACAGCUUCAUCCUGGCUGCAACACCCUGUUCUAAGUGAGGACUCCUCUCUGUUACUGAGCAGCCAUAACCAAAACUCUGACUCACCCGCAACCAGGAAGUGUACUACUGCAAAACAUACGCUGAACAGCCAAUCAUGUUUACUCAGUAUUGUUUACAUCACAAUAAGAUAUCAGCCAUCAGCCAAUAAAACUCCAGCUCUCUGUCGUCUUCCCCGCCUACCAGCUGCUGAUUGGACUCUCGUCUAGCGAUAGAAUGACUAGACUGGUACUCAUGAAAAUCAUGUCUGACUUGUGAACAUUGUUAGCACUGGAAAUCAGGUCAUUACAACGGACACUGCUGUGAUUCAAAAGCGUCAAGUAGCUGGCUCUGUGUAUUUCUUUUUUUUUUUUUUACAAAAUUCAGGUACUUUUAUGCAAAUCGAAUAUAACUUUUUCAGUUUUUUUUCCCCACCAAUCUAGUUAUUCUAUGUCCAUGGAUUUGCUGUGUUACCACGGAAACAGCAGGGGAAUCGCUUCACAAGCAAAGUAGCUGAUAGUCUUGAUGACAUUGUAUUGGUUCUGAUUUAGUUCUGUAUUCAGGUAAACUCAAGACAUUUGUUUUUCCAGUUUGUAUGCUCUCCGGGGUGCAAUUUUAAUUUAAUUUAUUCUGAUAUAGAUACUUCAAAACGUAUUACCAGCCUAGAAGUACACCAUAUUGGCCUUGUGAACUGUAUUUAGAUGAAAUAAAAUCCAACAUACAAAUGUUUUCUAACGCAUUAGGAAUAUUGAUUUAAAGAAAUGUUUUCAAUUUCUCUGAAAUACGGGUUUACUAGAGGACUAAUCUGGUUGCAUUCUUAGUUAGAAGCCUAGUGUGCAUAUUGUGAAUUAGGUUUUUUGCAUAAUUCUGAAUCAUCUUUGGUAGCGAAAGAUGUGUUAUGAUACACCCUAGCUAAAAAAUAAUAUUUAAAAAAACGUUCACAUUUUUGUCAUGGCAACGGGAACAUCCACCCGUUUUUUUAUACCUCUUUAUUUGUCGUGUUCUCAUUCCUUUCUGGAUUACAGAGAUAAUUAAUUGUAAAUCGUGACUUUAUUUAUACUGUAUAUGUUUGUUUUCUUAAAUAUAUUUAUUGCAUAUUGAUGGUACUCCCCUUGUUAAGGGGCCAGAUAUUUUUAAAGUUUCCUAUUGUCCUGAUGUGUUGAUGGGGGAAGUGCUAUGAGGGGGUGGUCUAAUCAUAGAUAUAUAUAAAGGGUAUAUGUCUUGUCCGCGUUGCCGGACAAGACAUAUACAGACAAUUAUUCAUAAGUAUGCAGUGGCAUAACGACUAGACUCCGCCGUAAGACAUCUAGUCUUUAUAUAUAUCUAUGGGUCUAAUGUUCAUGGUGCUUCACCCCCCCUCGCCUCACCCCCCUCUCAUCUAACUGUGUAUAAAGGAUGUAUGAGAUAAGUAAACAAAUAUAAAUAAAAGCCGACAGGUUGGUGCUUAGUACAGUCAGUACACCCACCGGUGAAUUAAUGAAAUGAAGACUUUGUACUGUAACAGAUUAAACACAAUGAACUUUUUCAACUUUUUUGCAUUGUAUGAAAUUCAUAAAAAAAAUCUGCAUUUGUUCUUUGAUGCUGAACUUUUAGCAGUAGCUGUAGCUUUAGCCACUUCUGAAAAUAAAAAUGAAAAAAAAAAAAACUUUGAAGGAUGUUGUAGUGGGGUUAAGGGUCAUGGUUUGUUUGGUGUCCUGUCCUUAUAACUAUGAUUUGAAGGAUGUAGUGUUCCUCCUUUUCUUCCAGACUGUUUUAGUUCUGCUGCACUGUUUCAAAAAAUAACUGACAUAGAACCUGAGCCAGGCCUGUCUUAAACACUCUGUGAUUUUUAUGUGAUAUUAUUGUGAGUAUUAUUGAUCGAGAAAAAUAAAAUGUUUUGAUAAAUUCUU